UGGGAGACGCCGCGCAGAAUGCGGAAGCAGCCGCUCAGUGACAACGGCUCGGCUGAAGGACUGGGAUGAGUGUCACGGUUAUCGCGACUUCCAACUCUAGGCUCGCUGUGGAGGAGCGAACACGUAGGGCGAUGGGCUUCGGGAGGGCGGGAUUAUAAACUGGCGAGGAGCACGCGGCCAAUCCGGAAGUGAAGCCGCACGGGUCGCGUCGUUUUGACACGCGGAAGAGUCGAGAAAGCCUCGCCUGACAAGAGGACGUUAGUGCGGGGCUGCUGGAAGUUCGCCAUGGACGUAGAUGGGGAGACUUCAGUAUUUCCAUGGACUUUCUGUUCACGGCAUUAGAAUGAAUUACGUGGGGAACCGAGGACGCCGGCCGCCCCUAUGAGCUCGAGACUGUUGGAGGUGGACGCCAAUCAAGUUCUAGAAACAUCCCGAGGAGAAUUAAAGCAAACUGGACCACCGGAGCACGAUUUGGAGGGCCACAGCAAAAGCUUGGACAAGCCUGGUGUUGAUCCAGUUUCCACCAUGAACACUAAACUUGGACUCAUGGACCUGAAGUAUGGCACCUCUAGAAAGCACAUCUCCAUCACUAUCCCUUCCAAGGGCGAGACCAUGUCCCCUCAUAUCAAGUCUGUUGAAGACCUGCGUGUCUUGGGCCUCAAUUUAAGCUCUUUCAGUCCACCAUCCCAGUUUUGCAUUUGUGUUUCCGGAGUGUUCCUUUUUUACUUGAUCUAUGGUUACUUGCAGGAAUUAAUAUUUUCAGUUGAAGGAUUUCGACCUUUUGGAUGGUACCUCACGUUAGUGCAGUUUGGCUUUUACUCUUUGUUUGGAUUAGUGGAGCUUCAGCUUACACAGGACAAGAGGAGACGAAUACCUGGGAAAACUUACAUACUAAUCGCCUUCUUGACCGUCUGCACCAUGGGACUGUCGAACACCUCGUUAGGAUAUCUGAACUACCCCACCCAAGUUAUCUUCAAGUGCUGUAAGCUCAUUCCUGUCAUGAUCGGAGGGGUUUUUAUUCAAGGAAAGCGUUACAACUUUACAGACGUGUCUGCGGCUCUGUGUAUGAGUUUGGGCCUCAUUUGGUUCACCUUGGCAGACAGCAAAGUGGCUCCCAAUUUCAAUGUCACUGGAGUCAUUCUUAUCUCACUUGCACUUUGUGCUGACGCUGCUAUUGGAAACGUGCAGGAAAAAGCAAUGAAGCUUCAUAACGGCUCAAAUUCUGAAAUGGUUUUGUAUUCCUAUUCAAUAGGUUUUGUGUACAUAUUAGUCGGCUUGUCCACCAUCGGCGGACUGGGACCUGCUGUGGCGUUUUGCUCUCAGCAUCCUGUGAAGACGUACGGCUAUGCCUUCCUCUUUUCCCUUACGGGGUAUUUUGGCAUUUCCUUUGUCCUGGCCCUGAUUAAGCUUUUCGGUGCUCUUGUUGCAGUGACAGUGACCACUGGCAGAAAGGCGAUGACAAUCGUGCUCUCCUUUAUGUUCUUUUCAAAACCAUUCACUUUUCAGUACGUAUGGAGUGGCCUCAUCGUUGUUUUUGGCAUUUUCUUGAAUGUCUACAGCAAGAACAAGGACAGGAUGAAGCUGCCGUCGUUGGCCGAACUGAAGAAGAGACUUUUUUCGGGACCAAAGGUGAGGCUGCUGUCACAGACGGUGUAAACCGUGGACUUCCUGGGCAUCGGCCUCUGAACACAAAGCCUAAAGAUCUGAGUGGAUGUGACCGGCUCUCUGCUUUGGGUGACAGGAAAAUGAAACUGCUGAUUUGAUGGCACUGGGAGCUUCUUCUCUCGAACCGCUCUCUGGGCCGAUUCCCUUUUCAGCCUACCAGGUGAUUUCCUUUUCUUCUUUGUUACGUUUUACAGAUCCCCACCUUAUUUAACUUUUCAGGUUCCUACAAUCAGGUGCUUUUUUAAUAAAUGAUUCUUAUUUUAAUGACAAUAAAUCAAGGCCAGUACUUAAGAGAC